AUGGGUCUCCGAAAGCGUUUGGAGCUCCGCUCCGAGAGCGCCGACCUCGGCACGGAGGGAAGCCGGCUGUCUAACAAGGAUAUGGACCCUAUUCCGAUGGGCUCUCCGGAGCGCACCUGGGGUUGGCCGAGUUUGCUAGGCUUCUGGAUCGCCGAAGCCUUUUCCAUUUCAAUGUAUCAAGUCUCCUCAACAUCCGUCACCAAGGGCCUGAAUCCAGGUCUCGCAAUCCUCGCAGUCUUCAUCGGGCACGUCCUCGUCUGCAUUCCCGCGAUACUGGACGGCUACGUCGGCUGCAUCUUUGGCAUCAACUUCCCAGUCUUCACCAGAGCCUCUUUUGGCCUUCGAGGCUCCUACGGCGCCGUAUUCGUCCGCGGUGUCGUCGCCUGCAUCUGGUUCGGCACACAGUCUUUCCAGGGCGGCCAGUGCCUCCAAGUCAUGAUCGCCGCUAUCUGGCCUUCGUUUAACAACUUCCCGAACCACCUCGCCGAGAGCGCCCACGUCACCAGCUCCGAGCUAUUGUGCUUCUUCUUGUUCAUCAUUGUCCAGCUGCCGCUGCUUUGGCUGCACGUGAGCAGUUUGAGGUACAUGUUCAUGGUCAAGACUGUGAUUAUGCCAAUAUUUGGGUUGACUUUAUUUAUCUGGGCCAUCGUCGCUGGCAAGGGCUUCGGCCCGACGUUCUCCAAGCCAACCCGCAUCAAAGACGGCACCCCCGCCAUCGUCGUCUUCUUUCAAUGCAUCACAAGCGCCAUCGGCCCAAAAGCAACCCUCGCCCUCAAUAUGCCCGACUUCACGCGCUACGCCAAGGAGCCCAGACAAGUCUUCUGGACGCAAGCCGUCGGGCUCUGCGUCCUCGUCACCAUGUGCGGUGUGCUGGGCGCCACCGUGAGCAGUGCCUCCGAGGUCAUUUACGGCAAGGUGACUUGGAACCCCCUGGAGGUCGCGCGGCUUUGGGACAACCGCGCCGCGCAGUUUUUCGCCGGCCUCUGUUGGGCCUUUGCGGUGAUUGGCACGAACAUUAGCGCCAACAGCGUCUCCUUUAGCAAUGACUUGGCAUUGUGGUUUCCAAAGUACAUCAACAACAGGCGCGGAGCGUAUAUCUGUGCUGUGUUUGGUGUUUGUGCCGUGCCUUGGUAUAUCCAGUACAGUGCCAAAUCAUUCUCUUCCUUUCUUGGUGGCUACUCCCUCUUCCUCGGCGCCAUCGCGGGCAUUAUCGUCACCGAUUUCUGGAUCUGCCGCAAGCGAACGAUGGCAGUCUCAUCCCUAUUCGACCCGCGGGGCAUACACUACUACACGUUCGGCGUUAACCCGAGAGCGGUCAUUGCCUUCAUCUUUGCUAUUGUGCCAAACAUGCCCGGUCUUGCUGCUGCUUGCGGCGCCAAAGGAGUUCCUAAAGGGGCCAUUUACCUGUACAGCUUGAGUUGGCUUGUCAGUACGCUGGUGGCGAGUUUCACGUAUUGGCUAUGCUGGAUAAUCAGACCGUUUCCUGUGGACGAUGGCCGUGAACAGUUGUACGUUGACGGAUAUCCUGCGGGAGAAGAGUCAAUCGGGUCGGAGAAAGGCAUGGAAGGCAAAGAACAAAUUGUGAAGAUGGGAUGA